GCGCUGACGCGGAGCAGGGCCUCCCAGCCAGCUCUGCUCGCCGGCCGAGGGUUAGCGUCUCCAGGGCUCCAGCUCCCACGGAGUUGCGGAGGUGCUGAGUGGCUCCCACGCAGGGCAGCAGCAUGGAGUGUCUCUUCCCCACCCCUCCCUGGGUGAUCUACAGCAGCGACCUGCAGGACAACCUUGUGAACCCCAACCACAGCUUGCUGCCCCCUGACCUGCUACUCAAUGUCAGCCACGGGGCCUUCCUGCCCCUCGGGCUCAAGGUCACCAUCGUGGGGCUCUACUUGGCCGUGUGCGUCGGGGGUCUGCUGGGGAACGGCCUCGUCAUGUACGUCAUCCUCAGACACACCAAGAUGAAGACAGCUACCAACAUUUACAUCUUCAACCUGGCCCUGGCAGACACCUUGGUGCUGCUGACACUGCCCUUCCAGGGCACAGAUGUCCUCCUGGGCUUCUGGCCGUUCGGGAAUGCCCUGUGCAAGGCUGUCAUCGCCAUCGACUAUUACAACAUGUUCACCAGCACCUUCACGCUGACCGCCAUGAGCGUGGACCGCUACGUAGCCAUCUGCCACCCCAUCCGCGCCCUCGAUGUCCGGACCUCCAGCAAGGCCCAGGCUGUCAACGUGGCCAUCUGGGCCCUGGCCUCUGUCGUCGGCAUCCCUGUGGCCAUCAUGGGCUCGGCACAGGUCGAGGAUGAAGAGAUCGAGUGUCUGGUGGAGAUCCCCAGCCCGCAGGACUACUGGGGCCCCCUUUUUGCUGUCUGCAUCUUCCUCUUCUCCUUCAUCAUCCCCGUGCUCAUCAUCUCCGUCUGCUACAGCCUCAUGGUCCGGCGGCUGCACGGUGUUCGCCUGCUCUCGGGCUCCCGGGAGAAGGACCGGAACCUGCGGCGCAUCACGCGGCUGGUGCUGGUGGUGGUGGCGGUGUUUGUGGGCUGCUGGACGCCGGUGCAGGUCUUCGUGCUGGUCCAAGGGCUGGGCGUCCAGCCAGGCAGCGAGACGGCGGUGGCCGUCCUGCGCUUCUGCACGGCUCUCGGCUACGUGAACAGCUGCCUCAACCCCGUGCUCUACGCCUUCUUGGACGAGAACUUCAAGGCCUGCUUUCGCACGCUCUGCUGCACGCCUGCCCUGCGCCGGGAGGGGCCCGCGUCCAGCCGCACGCGCAGCACGGCCAAGGGUGUGACCCUCGCCUGCAAGACCUCUGAGACAGUGCCACGGCCUGCAUGACUAGGCGUGGACCUGCCCAUGGCGCCCGUCAGCCCACAGAGCCCGUCAACACCCAACACGGAGCUCACCCAGGUCACUGCUCUCUAGGCUGACGCACAACCUGAGCCCUGAGCAUCACUGCCUCCGGGGGCUUCCCUGUGGCCCGAAGGGCCUGGUGACGUCAUGGAACAGGUCAGGGCAUCAGGGC